AUGUCAAAUGAGAUGCUCAAGCACUCUGAAUACAACCUUACUUGCUCUUACUCAAAUAUUGGAUUGUAUCUGUUUUUUUACUCAUUUCUAGGCGGACAAGAAGACGAUGACAGCGAUGUUUAUGAAAUAAUUGAGACUCCAGGUUCAAGAACUUUAGUUGAACAGCUCAUUGCCAUGGAUUUGGCUGAUAGGCCGGUUGUUCAACAAAUUAGUAUUGGGGGAAUGUCGGGCUGGUUUGCUGCAUAUGUGUGUAAGAGAGUUGGCAAGCUCACCCUGUCGGCUAUUGGAGGAGGAAUACUUGUGCUUCAGAUUGCUCACAGAGCAGGCUACAUCAACAUCAACUGGAAAAGAAUGGAAAAGGAUAUGGAUAAAGUUGCCAAAAAAGUUGAAAAGCAAGUCAAGAAGAUAAAGAAGAAUGAGAAAGAUGUUGAGAAAGGGAUUAUUGCACUAGCAAACAAGGGCUAUUUAUAUGCCAGACGAAAUGCUGCAGCUGUUUCAGGAUUUGCAGGUGGAUUUCUUCUUGGUUUGGCAUUUUGAGUAAAAUGUCAAAUGAGAUGCUCAAACACUCUGAAUACAACCUUGUUUAAUCACAGCUUAAAUUAUUUGCAUGACAUCCGGGGUUCCAGAUAAGUUUUCAAGACAGGGUGUCAAUAAGGAAUUCCAACGGGUCAAUUCCCACUGCUUCCACCUAAUCAUUAGACCCAACAAAUUAAUAAAAAAUAAAUUAUAUAUUUUUUAUUUAUUUAUUGGGUCAUGUAGCUGACCUUGGGUUUUUGACCUGAGACCCCUCACUUAUCUGGAACACUGCAGAACAUCAUGCUUUUUAUAACUAAUCACCUAAACAAUCCUAAGAAUUCCUUUUCUGGUAACAUGUAUAGUGAUCCAAGCAUACAUUUCAGUGAACUUUUAACCUUAAGAAACAUCUGUACCCUGUUCCCCAACAGGUUUUACGGUUUGGCAUCUUCUCAGAACUGAGCCUACAAAAUUUCAAUUGAGCUUCUCAAACUCAUGAAUAAUUCAUCAAGCUUAAACAAAGGAAAUCAUGACUGUGGUGGUAUUUGGAUAUCUGAUCUUAAUUAGCAUAGAGUUUAUGAUUUUAUUUCUCCAUUCUCUCCUUAGUUUUAGUUCGAUUGAGAAGAUAUAUCAAACACUCAAGACCAUGUUUGAUCACAUUUGCAAACACCUCAAAGCUUGCCAAAAAUACUCCGCUGAGCUGUCAUGUUUUCAACUCUCUUCUUGGUGUUUGGAACUGUGGUCAAACACAGUAUUUUGUGCUUCAUGUAUUACUUCCUACUUUCCUAAAAGAAAAAAAUUGGCUUUUACUUGCCUCAGUCCCUGGAAAGGCAACAAUAUUUUUUGGAACCAUGGAAUCACAAAUUAGGAUAGCGCAUACUCCUCAAUGAAAGACUAUCAAAUAAAGUGAUUGAAGAAGUGUCACAUUAGACUUUGAGCAGCCCCUCAUUUUUCCUAGCCCUCGGGCAUGACAAGAAAAAAGCAUAACAGCAAAACUGGCUGUGGAUGUGAAGUUUGAAUAAUUAAUUAAACUUACUGUAGCAUGCUUCAGGCAGCUCAUCCCACGUUAACUGGGUGAAAGCUGUGUAUAAGUAAGAAUCCAUGUUGUACUUGCUGUAAAUCAUUUAUUUUUAUAUCACUAGUUCAAAGCUUACAAUCCAUCAAAUGCAUAAUGCAGUAUCAAUAAAUUAUUGGAAUUAUGACAGCAAUA